AUAUGUAAGAACAUGAUCCCAAUAUCAUCCCAAUUAUUUUUUAAUGGUUCUGAAUAAGAUAUUACUGUCACGGAAAUUAGCGAACAUUUUAAAACACUUUGUUCUGAAAGAAUCGAUUUUCUUGGCACCACUGUUCACAGACGAAAAGUUUACACUUGGAAAUUCGGAAUCGCGAUGCCUUCCAGCCGUCCGGCUUCGCGCGAUUUCAUAAAUUUUUCCCCAAAAGUAUGGUGUAAAAUCUGUAAACCGGGAAACAUAAAUCGCAAAACAUCAGAAACCCGUCGACUACACAUCGAGGAAAUGCCGGCUGAAAACUUGCCCCGCUGUGGGAAAAUUUUUCAUUCCAGCAACGAAAUCAAUCUAGUGCGUCCGGCCGGUUCAGCCCGACUGGUGGUGUUUAAAACUCCUUCGACCAGCCCCGUUGGCCUUUCACAGCUCGCAUGCAGAAUAUUCCAAAAGAAAAGGAGCUUUGCAAUGAAACCAGUCGGAUCUCAACCAGCAUCGCAUUUCUCGCACCGGGAGUGUAUCAAAAUGGCCCUACAUUGCCAAUUGCCCUUCCAGGAGGAUAAGGUAUGAAUAUUUGAUGUGUGAUGUGUGAAAUUGUGAAAUCACAACGAGAAAACCAAUAAAAAGUAUUAUUUUUAAAA